CAGAGUUAGAAAAGCAGACGCGAGACUUCCGUGGUCACUUGCUCGAAGACGCGCAGCAGCAGGAGUCAUAAUGAGUUUCGAUCUGUCAGAAGCUGUGAAGAAGGAGGAUGCACAGAAGAAUGAGUUUAAGUUUCCAUGGAGCAAAGACAAACAUGAGGACAAGGACAAGGAUAAGUCUGACAGUAAAGACAAGCCCGGCAGUAAAGACAAGUCUGAAAAGAAGCACAAGUCCAAGAGCUCAGACGGCAAGACGAAGGAAAAAAAGAAAGACAAAAAGGGUGAAAAGAAACCAGGCAACGGCACCUCCUCCUCCUCCUCUUCAUCUUCAUCCUCCUCCAGCAGUGAUGAGAACUGAUGCUUCCUGCAGGACUCGGACUGCUCUUUUAGCCUCUUUAUUAUCUUGUUCAUCGACUAAGGGACUGUCUGUGGUUGUAUUGUACCAACUUUUUUUGUAGAUUAAAACACAAUGGUCUGGUGUAAACUAAUCUGAUAAUUCCUUAAAGUAAAUGUUCUGACAACAGCA